AGCGACGAAUCACCAGAUCUUUUCCUACCUUCAAACGACGAAUCACCAGAUGAUUUCACGCCUUCGCAGAGUACACCGAAAAGAAAACACAAAGUUCCACUAAAUGUAGUCCUCUUCCGGAAAACGAGAACAAGGAAAAUUGAAGAAGAAAUAUCCCCUGAGUCUGAAACGGACGAAGACAUGAAACCAACGCAAAGAGUUGAACCUGCAAAGGACGAUAGGAAAAAAAAAAAAAAAAAGGAAAAUAGAAGAAGAAAUGUCCCCGAAGUCUGAAACGGGCGAAGACAUGAAACCAACGCAAAGAGCUGUACCUGCAAAGGACGAUAGGAAAACGAAAAAAAGGAAAUUUGAAGAAGAAAUGUCCCCGAAGUCUGAAACGGACGAAGACAUGAAACCAACGUUAAGAGCUGUACCUGCAAAGGAUGAAGGUGUGAAACCAACCUUAAGGGUUGUACCUAUUAAGCCUCGUAGAAUUCGCAAAUACGUUAAUUGCACGGAAUGUGGAACCCCCCAACAAAAUAUCUGGAGGCACAUGCAAAAAGUACAUAAAAAUAAAGUGAAAAAACCAAAGAAGGUUAUCUCAAAAAGAGGUUAUGUCACGUACUUCUGCCCUUUUACAAGUAGAAAGACUGGAAAAUGUCAAAAGAUAAUUGAAAGACUGCAUGACCAUCUCGUGAGAACACAUGACGUUAAGAACGGUUCCAAAAGAUUAACCACGCUACUGAGUAUGGCAAUUCCAGUUACAAAAGAGGAUACAGACUCAGAAGAUGAUGAAAUGGAUGGAAGCGAUGACAAUCAACCCCUGACGCAGUUAAGGAAAAAGCCUAAAAUCAAACAGGAGAAAAGUGAGUUAACACCUAUCAUAAAACAAGAGAAAAGUGAGUUCACACCAAUAAUAAAACAGAAGAAAGGUGACAUAAUUACAAUCAGUGACUCAGAUGAACCAACACAAAGCCAGCAAUGUUUUAUGAGUUAUCCAGAAAGUGAAGAUCACGACGAAUCAAGUAUAACGCAUGAAACCCCAGAACGUCCACCAGUGGUGAUAUUCAUCCAAGACAAAAGAAUAAAUCGGUUUGUUAACAACCAGAUAGACAAUGGAAUAAGUAAAAAAGAAGCUCAUCAAACCGCCGCAGAGGCAUUCCAUGUAUGGACGGGAAUGGACGCUAUAAGAAGUCUGACAGUAAUUCUUGAUGUUUAUAAAUUAAUGAACUGGAUUAUGACAUGUCAGAAAAACAAGAAAGGAAAACUUUUGAUCUCUAGAUACCUUUCAUCUUUUCCAAAUUCUUAGGCUUUCUGGUAAACGAAGGAUACAUUGACGAGGGAAACAAGUCAACAGGUGCAAACUCAAAUUCGCUUUGCACUUAAACUUCUCGGUACUGAAACAGAAAACGUAAAACAACCAGUAAAAAAGUCAGAAGAUGAGACCAGGGAAGAAAUGUCAUACCCGGAGUCAGAAGAUGAGACCAGAGAAGAAAUUCCGGACCUUAUUUACUCUGCAGAACCUUUACCAAACAUAAAACAUCAGAGACGAUAGACACAAGACAGAAAGAGGACCGAGGAAAAAUGGAUUUCGAAAUACCUUCGAUAAAAGGUGCAGAAAGCAGGAAUGAAGAAGCGGAAAAAACACCAGAGACAAUUCCAGUUACAAAUGAGGGAUACAUUGACGAGGGAAACAAAAGUCAACAGGUGCAAACUCAAAUUCGCUUUGCACAAAAACUUCUUGGUACUGAAACAGAAAACUUCAAACAACCAGUAAAAGAGUGUGAAGUUGAGACCAGGGAAGAAAUUCCAUACCCUGAGUCAGAAGAUAAGACCAGAGAAGAAAUCUCGGACCCUAUUUGCUCUGCAGAACCUUUACAACACAUAAAAACAUCAGAGACGAUAGACACAAGACAGAAAGAGGACCGAAGAAAAAUGGAUUUCGAAAUACCUUCGAUAAAAGGUGAAGAAAGCAGGAAUGAAGAAACGUAAAAAACACAAGAGACAAUAGCUGUAAUACAGAAACAAUCAGAAUGUAGCUAGAAGUCAGGGAAGGAACGGAUAGCAUCAUUUUAUGACAAUAAAAUAACUGUAAAAUUUUACGACUGGUUGCAAAGGAUGCCCCUGCUAAUGACCAGAGUGAAUGCACGUCAACAUGCUAAUCAAGCAUUCCAUGUUUGGAGAUACAUGACCGAGAAAUUAACAAUACAGGGACUAUUUGAAAAGACGGCACUCAAUGGCUGGGUGGGAGAGGCGUUGAAAACAUUUCAACCUGGAACAGUCAAUUCCUAUAUUGGAUCAGUUAAUCGACUGGUAACUUUUCUGUUAAAUGCGGAGCUGAUACCUCAACAAGAAGAACCAAGAGCACGACGCCUGAUGGAUCAUAUUUUUUUGACAAGACGCUUGGCAAAAAAGUGAAGCUCCGCAAAACAGUAAUAGAGACAGAAGAAUGUGAAACCAUGAUUAUGCCGGAGGAUAUACAAUCGUUUUUGAAG